UUUAAAGAUGGCGGCCGAUUUUACUAAAUUUUUUUUUUGAAAAAUAUCAAAGCGUUUCACAUUUAAAAUAAAGAUGAAAUUAUCUAAAAAAGACGCCAAAGAGUUACUAAACAACUUGUCGCUGCCAGUUUCUUCCAACCGUGCAACCGUCUUAGCGUUCGACACAAAGCAAGCUAGACAGGCUAUUUUGAGGAAUCCAGAACAUGACGACCGACACACAGCAGCUGCAAUUGAGAUCCAGAGAAUUUACAGAGGCUAUACCACACGAUGCAAUUUGUAUGAUUUGCGGCAUGGUGGGAUAUCAAAUGAAAACCAAGGACCGCAAAGCUCAUACAUGUGGUCAGACGUUUCAGUCAAGAGUUCUCCUCCUCAGUCUGAUGAGAUUGUUUGUAGACCACCAUUUUUAUCACCAGACAUAAAUGCACAGCUGUUAUCAGAUCUUCCAAAGUCAAGUUCUCGUGUGAAGUUAGAGGAAGAUUAUUGCAAGUUUCGUGAGGAACAUGCAUCAGUCUUAUUUGAAGACUAUUGUGCAUUGGUGAUUCAGUCAUGGUGGCGUCAGGUUUGCAAGGAGCGACGAAGCAUCCGAGUGCCCUCUGUUCGCCCUCCAACAAUGGCUGACAGUUAUUCUACGACCACUCGGCUCUCCAGGCCUGCUACGAAGAUGACUAGACAACCCCUGACAAGACAGGGAGCUGCAAGAAUCAUCCAAAGAACUUGGAGGAAACAUGUUGAUAUGCAAGUGUAUUGUUACUACAAAGAUUUGAUCAGUUUUAAGUUCCGUGGCGAUCCUGCAUUACUACUACGAUGUAUCAAUCCCAGAGAGGCAGAAUUACUGGAUUCUGGUUCAGGAACACACGUCAAGUUUCGAUUAGCAGGGCAUACGUUUCCUCCAAACAUCUACUACAAGAUCUUCACGCACAGGACGGUGGUUGAUAUGUGUGCGAACAGCCCUAAGGACUACACAAAAGCGGUCACAAAACAACUCAUGGCCAGGCAAUGUCAUAACAAAGGAUAUCACAACACCUCAGAAGGGACCAGAGAGGGCUGGUAUCAAAGAUAUGAGAACAAUGGAUGGAGACUGGUGUCUGAAAGGAUUUUGCGUAAAAUUGACCAGGAUGCAAUCACCUACGAUUCUGCGCAAAAGAAGAUCGAUUUCAAGCAUUGUAAGUUGCAAAGAAGGAAAGAUUUAGAACAGAAAAGAAAAAGGAGAAAAAUUGAAUGGAUGAAGAAGAUGUACAGCGAGGGAAUAUUGUUGACAAAGCGGGGUACGGAAAGCCCGGUGGUGAAGGAUAUCGAGACCUCGAUGAAUGGAUUAGUGCAAGUGACGGAUAAGAAGGGAUACGAGGCGGUAGAUGAGUGGGAAGUUGAUGAACUAUUGGAGUGGACAAACGGGUUAAAUUUUGACAGUUACGUUUCAACGUGGAAGGAGUAUGCUACAAGCGCUGUGUCUGGUCCUGUUUCAGAAAAGCAAAAGUUUUUUCGUGACGAUCUAAUGUCGGUAACAUACACCAGGUGACAGAAACCCUGGUAUACAGUUGGCCGGAAAUAUUGUCCUGCACCUUCCGGGACCUUUAUGGAUAAUCGUGUCGUUUGCGCGUAUCCCACAUUCACCCUGGUAUCAUGCAUCCGCCCUGGUAUCCUGCAUUCACCCUAGUAUUAAUAAAGGGCAUAUGCAAAGAUAUAAAAAGUAAAAUUGACGGGAAGCAAGAACACAGUUCAAGAUAUCGUCAUUUGUACAUUUGUAAAUAAAUGUAAAUUGAUAAGAAUAAAUAGAUUUUAACCGAUCACUUAUGUACGUGUGACCUUACCAUUAUUGAUG